GCUGGCUGGUCUUAUUGAAUUUUCAUAAAAAUCUUUGAGCUACUUUCAUAUUCUUCAUUUGCGCCUAAGACUUGGACGUGACGUGACGCGACGUAAACGUUCGUUAGCCCCUCAACGAGUUGUCAUCAUCACAGAGGAAAGAGAAAUUUUUUGCAAACAUCUUUCGAUAGAUUGUUUAAAUAAAAUUUUUGAUUGAAAAUGAAGAUUUUGCAAGCUUUGCUUGUCUUACUGGGCUUAAGUCUAUGUGUCGCUUUACCCACCAAAACCGAUGUCGCAGAAAAAUCACCAACAUAUGCAAGUGAUGCCUCCCAUAUCAUAGCCACACAUUUGUUAAAAUCCUACAACGACAUUGAUGGCAAUCAAGUGCACUCGCCCUUGGGAGUCACCACAACUUUGGCAAUUUUGGCAGAAGCCUCUCAGGGAGCCACAUUUGAUGAAUUCGUCAAAGUCUUGGGUUAUCCCAAAGAACGUGCGGCAUUGCGAGACUCCUUCAAAUCGAUUUUAACCAAAUAUCACACUAAGAACUACAAUUCGGAGCCUUCAUUCCAAUCAUGGUUGUAUAUCUAUCGCAAUUUCACAGCCAGAGAGGAUUUCAAGCAAAUGCUGCAGGAUUACUACUUUGUGGAUGUGAAGGACAUAAAUCGCGAUCAAUACGAUUGGAGUGAGCCCAACACUUCAUUGGAUUUAGAAGCAGGUACCACUCCUAGCAGCGGCAGCAGCAACAGCAAAGAUGUCAUUGGCUUUGAGACACUGAAGCGUUUGAAGAUCGACGACGAGGAGGAAGAAGGUUUGGCCUUAGGGCCCACCACAGUGGCAGCCUAUACCGAUGGCUAUGGUGAGGAGUACAUUGAAAAGGAGACCUCAAAAUUCGAUCACUAUGUGGACGAUAAGCAAUAUGUGGAAAAACCAGUCAUCAUUGAGGAGCUGACAAAGGAGAAAUCCCAAGAACCACAAGAAAAUCAUGGAGAAAAAGAGCCCAAACCACAAAUUCUGGCCAGCGAAGAAAUUAAACUAACCACCGAUGCUGGUGCCUUGACUGAUGCAGCUGCUGCCAUUACUUCUAGCGAUUCUGCUGCAUCUGAGAAACUGGAAAGUCUGGAUGAAAAACCUGCUGCAUCUGCUUCCCUGGAUGGCAUACAAGCAGAGGCCAAUGAUGAUGCGUCCAUACAAACCAAACGUGAGGAUGACUUGAAUCUGGAGGAAAACGAAACGGUGCAAGACAAAGAGAAAAUCUUGAAAAACUUUAAAGAAGCCGAAGCAGCCGAUGAUAAAAUCAUUCCCAUCCAAGAGGUAUUGGAGUCUAAUGAACCCGAAAAGGUUACAUUGCCAUUGCAGAAACUUGAAACUGUCUUAGAUGAUGCUACCAAAAGCUCGCCAGCAGAGAUAAUGAUGGCUUUGGAAUCGCAUGUGAGUGCAGCAAGAAGUGCAUUUGGAGGCCGCAGUCUUUUCCGUCGUGAUGAUAUUGCCUCAGCAUUGAGUGCCAAUUCCAUUACGGGACGUGAUAUUGGCUCUAAGACUAAGAUGUUGCUCUUCAAUGGUUUGUACUAUCGUGGCAAUUGGGACACACAAUUCCAGGAGAAACAAGACGUGGAUGAAUUCUUCUUUAUGACUGCCGAAGAUGCUAUGAAAACACCCAUGUUACAUGCCCAGGGCACAUUCCACAUGGCUGAGAUGGAACAUUUAAAUGCUAAAGUGCUGUGUCUGCCAUAUGAGAACAAACGCUACUCUAUGAUGAUUAUCCUGCCCAACGAAUUGGAGGGUCUUCACUCAUUGAUACAGAAAUUGGAACCAAGCGAUUUCAAAUCCAUCAAGGACCUCAUGAAGGAACGCGAUUUACAUGUCAUAAUGCCCAAAUUCCAAAUUGAAGAGACCUCACGCUCCGAAUCGAUGCUCAAGAGUUUAGGUCUAACGAAGAUUUUCUCACGCAGCGAAGCUGAUCUUAGCCUACUCUCCGAUGAUCGUGAUUUACAAAUUGACGAAAUCGUUCAAUUCGUUAAUGUUCGCGUAGAUGAAGGUGGCAAUUCGGCCAUCAGUCUGGUAGCCUCAAAUACCGAAGGACGAAUUAAAACCCCGGAGCCAUUGGAGAAAUUCGAAAUAACGCAUCCCUUCCUGUACUUUGUCAUGGAUUGUGAAUCAGAAUUUAUUUUGGUAUCAGGCAAAGUUCAUGCCCCCGAAGUGCCCGAAGAUUUGCCUGUCGAGGUGACCGUAGAAUUUGAUUAGGUUAAGAGAGUAUCUAAGUUAUAGUGGCGUACACAAAUAAUUCUCAAGACUUACGUUUAAGUAUAUCUCAGUAGGCGCGUGUA